AUGCGAGUAGUUCAGCUAAUGAAGAAGCAUCUCAAAAAUAUCUCGUUAAGGUACUACGCAGGAUGGGCCGACAAAUAUCACGGCAAAACUAUACCGAUUAGAGGCGAUUACUUCACAUACACGCGACACGAACCGGUGGGAGUCUGCGGCCAAAUAAUUCCGUGGAACUUUCCUCUUCUCAUGCAAGCAUGGAAGCUUGGGCCAGCGCUGUCAAUGGGCAACGUUGUAGUUAUGAAACCAGCUGAACAAACCCCACUCACUGCUCUUCAUGUGGCCGGCCUGAUCAAGGAGGCAGGGUUCCCUCCAGGUGUAGUGAAUCUGCUCCCAGGCUAUGGACCAACAGCAGGAAAUGCCAAUGCCCAAUCAGAAUUCAAUAAAGAUGGCCUUGAGAAGUGUCUUUUUUGCUCCCCCUGUGAACUCUAG